AUGUGCACCGACACCGACGUCCUCGAACCGGAAGAGUGCUCGGUCACAUUCCACCCCCCGCUGCACCUCCAGCGGCAGGGCUGGGUCCUAGACAUCAUGCGGCGCGAGGGCAUCCGCGAGGCGAGUCUAUCCAUGCGCGCUCAGGGCACCACAGCUGCAGUGAUCGACGUCGGAUGCGGCGAAGGCGAGCUCCUCUCGUGCUUGCGAAACCCCGCGCCGUGGCUCGCGCCAGCGGACGCACGCGCAGACCCUGGAGAAAGGGCAGUGGGAGAGGCAGGCGCGCUGGCUGCCGCAGCACUCGCCGACGUCCAUCGCGACAUCCUCCACCCCGUGCGGAUCGCGGGGCUCGACGUCGGCCGCGCGGAGGUCGAGUCCGUCGCGGAGAUCGCGGCCCCGCCGCCGCCCGAGGACGAAGGCGCAUCGUUGCGGGCGUACGGCGCGCCCGUCCGCUGGGAGCCGCUCUCAUUCGAGGUCUGGCAAGGGAGCCUGGCGGACGUGAACCCGGCGUUCGUAGGCGUGGAGUGCAUCGUCGCCACCGAGGUCAUCGAACACCUCCCCGACCCAAUCCUCGCCCGCUUCGCGCCCGUCCUCUUCGGAGCCUACCACCCCCGCCUCGUCCUCCUCACCACGCCCUCCUACACCUUCAACGCGCGCUUCCUUCCACCCGACGCCCCCAUCUCCGCCCGCCGCGGCUGGCCAGACCCCACCGGCCGCACUGCGCGCGUCUUCCGCCAUCCGGACCACAAGUUCGAGUGGACGCGCGAGGAGUGGGCGGCGUGGUGCGCCGCAGCCGCUGAGGAGUGGGGGUACACGCUCGAGCCCGGAGGCGUUGGCCGCGCGCACGAAAAGGACGAGUGGGGCCGGGACGACAUUCUUGGCUGGGCGAGCCAGACGGCAGCCUUUGUGCGGCGGGAGGGUGCGCGGUGGGCGCAGCUGCGGGCGGAACGGUGGCGGGCGGUGGCGGGGGAGGGCGAACUGGGACCAACAGAGGUCACGACCGCGCACCGGCUGGUCGCCUCCCACGAGCACCCCGCGCACCCCGCGGCCGGCGCCCCUCUGGUCGUGGACGCCAUUGGAGAGCUCGUCGUCGCGAGAAUGGCGGACCUUCGGGAGACGGAGACGCCGCUGCUGAGCAUGUGGUUCGUGCGCGAGGUCGAGCUGGCGUGCGGCGGCCGCUUCGAGCGGCUGCUCGGCGCCGUGCGUGCCCAGGGCGGGCUCGCGCUGGCGAAGCUGGAGAAGGACCGGGCGACGAUGGGGACCAACGACGAGUGGGUCGUCCGCCUCGACCCCGCCUUGCACCAUCUUCUGCGCCCAAGGGAGGAGCCUGACAGGGAUCCGUGGGCGUCGCCGACAGACUUGGACUGUGUCACCGACUCCUGGGAGCCUUCGGACCCUUCCGACGAGGAGGACGGGGGCUGGGACGAACAAGCUGAGGACGUCGUGGUGCGGGAAACGGGCGACGUCGAGGAGCCGAGCUGGGGAGACUCGGCCGAUACUUGGGGCUCCUCGACGAGUGGUUGGAGUGAUUCGGUGUGCUGGGGAGGACCCGCGGGGGACGCAUGGGGCAGGCCAGACAUAGAGGACGAGAGCACUCUGGAUUUUCCCGCCGCGGUGGUAGCGUGA